AUUUUUGAGUGUUUGCAAAAGAGCCUUGAACCCAAGCACAAAUCCUUUCUGAAGCCACUGGCUGGAAAUCUGGAAUUCCGUCCUCACCGUCCUUGCUUGCUUAUCUAAAUCGCAGUAAUCGUCUUAGCAACACAUCUGCGCAGCCCGACAUGGCCAAACGGGCGUUAGCAUCCUGCCUUUCUCGUGCUCUGUCAUCGCCGUCAAUUGUUUCUCGCUUUCGCUUCGUCGUCCCUGUUCUUCUUCAUCACAAUCUUCAGCUUCAGGCCCAGCACUUAGGCCAGACCCGCUUCAAGACAUCCGGUCCCGGUUAUUCUCCCUUGAAUGACCCAUCACCGAACUGGACCAACCGCCCCCCUAAAGAGACGAUUCUACUGGACGGAUGCGACUACGAACAUUGGCUAAUCGUUCUGGAGUUCCCCGACCCGAAACCGUCCGAGGAAGAGAUGGUCAAUAGUUAUGUUAAAACCCUAGCUUCUGUUGUUGGGAGUGAAGAGGAGGCCAAGAAAAAGAUUUACUCUGUUUGUACGACAACUUACACUGGCUUUGGCGCUUUGAUUUCUGAAGAGCUAUCAUACAAAGUGAAAGGACUACCUGGUGUCUUGUGGGUCUUGCCAGAUUCAUAUCUUGAUGUUCCUAAUAAGGAUUAUGGAGGUUUGAUUUCUCAGAAUGACAGUAAUUCAAUUCGCCUAUCAUCUACCUUAUUGCUUUAAUGGGUUCCUAACUUCUUAUUAUUUAGGAGAUCUAUUUGUGGAUGGAAAAGUCAUUCAUCGGCCACAGUACAGAUUCACUGAGAGGCAAAACAAUAACCGGCCUCGACCAAGAUAUGAUAGGCGUCGAGAAACAAUGCAGGUCAAUAGGAGGGCAGAACCUGUACAAGGAAAUAAUACAUGGGCAUCAAACCAGCAAGCUCCUGCACAGCAUUCGACACCUGUGAGUGAGUCAAGUGGUGGACAAUCCAGCGGUCCGACUCAAGGUCGACCUCAUGAGAGUAAUGUCUGAAAUUAUGUAUGUUCUGUUUUUAUUAUUCGACCAAAAACCAAAAACUAAAACUUUUUUUGCUCCUCUAUAUAUUGGCAUUUAUGUUUCUUGAAAUACGGUAACUAGUGACCUCAACUUCCUUAUUGGCAUUGCCAAUUUUAUGUAUUUAGCUGUAACUUGCUAUAAGACAUACCCUGUCAUUUGAAUAUCCCUUUCGGAUAUCCUGUAACCAAACGGGGUGACUUUUUUAAUCAGGAAA